CGUUGAACUGGCAGUAAGUGUAGUAGUGAGCCUAGAGCAGUUCAUUUCUCUCUUGGUGGAAGCACACAGCGAAGUGACAUCGUCCAACCUUUCACCAUAUUCUGAAAUAUGGAAGAAUCAAGUAGUUAACAUUUACUGAACCUUCUCUUUUGAAGCUUUCUUCCGUCUGAUCACUGAGUUCCUAGAGGGCUGACCGGUCCUGGUUUUUUUGACGUUUUUUGCAAGUUUCCUGAACUUUCACUGUCUGACAAGAUGAAGUGCAUUAUCGGCAUCGGAGGCGUAACCAACGGGGGAAAGACCACCCUCACCAACAAACUGAUCAAGAACCUUCCCAACUGUUGUGUGGUUCAUCAGGAUGACUUUUUCAAGCCACAAGAUCAGAUUGAAGUUGGUGAAGAUGGCUUUAAGCAGUAUGAUGGUAAGACGGGUUCUUUCUGGAAGGCUUGGGGGGUCAUCACUGCCCUCGACAUGGACGCCAUGAUGAGUACCAUCUACGCCUGGCUUGACGACCCGGUGAAGUUUGAAAGGUCGCACGGCGUCAACAACACCUUGGAUACCGAGAUUCUCCCGGAGUCUGACCACAGGGAUGAGGGAACUCACAUCCUCAUCGUGGAAGGAUUCCUGCUUUACACCUAUGGACCUUUGAUCGACGUACUGAACCAACGCUAUUUUAUUUCCAUUCCAUACGAAGUAUGCAAAAAGAGGAGGUGCUCAAGAAACUACAAGGUACCAGAUCCCCCGGGUCUGUUUGAUGGUCACGUCUGGCCCAUGUACACCAAACACAAGAUCAUCAUGGAAACAUCAGGAGUUGAUGUUGUGCAGCUAGAUGGAACUAAGUCAAAGGAACAUCUGUACAACGCUGUCUAUGAAGACGUCCUGAACAACAUCCAGAAGUGUCUGUAAGCAGCAAAGGUCAGUCUAUCAGCUGAGAGAAGGCUAUAUCUGUGCAGGAGGAGAGGAGAGGGAGAGGUGUGCCUUGCCUUAAACAUUUCUACGUCUUUCUGGCCUGCAGCUAGCAACACACUUUCUACCAGCUGCUGCUGCCACCGUGUCAUUACUAUUUUGUAGUGUAAAUUAUUCCCUGGCGUUAUAUGCAGGCAUGGUUUUAUAUCCUCCAUAUUUAUUUCUUUGUUACGAGCCACCAGGCAGUCGGUCACAGAGAUGACAGUAGAACAGAGGGUUGGUUGCAGCUCAAAGCAUAACACCAAUAAACAGUCCUCCUGCUAAAACA